AAAAUAAAUUGGAUGACAAAAAUAACAAUUCAACUUUUUUUUUUCCUCGGCCUCGUAGCGGAUUCCACAAACUCAAUCCCAAACCCGUGCCGCGAUCCACAGAUUUCGCGAAAAAUAUCACGUGCUGACGACACGGUAUCGCAAGUCCACCUUUCCCCAAACCGUCAAUUCCAAUUCCCACAAUCUUAAACCUUCAAAUUCUUCACCUUUCCUUCACUUCAGAGAGCGAGUGUGAGACAGACAACAAAACAGAAUGGGUGUGGUGGUGAUCGACGGCAGCACCGUGCGCGACUUCGUGAACGACGAGGCGGCCUUCGCGAAGAGCGUGGACGAGCAGUUCGGGGUGCUGGACCUCAACAACGACGGCGUCCUCUCGCGCUCGGAGCUCCGCACGGCCUUCGAGUCCAUGCGCCUCAUCGAGACGCACUUCGGCAUCGACGUCGCCACGCCGCCGGAUCAGCUCGCGAAGCUCUACGACUCCAUCUUCGACAAGUUCGACGGCGACCGGAGCGGCGCCGUCGACCGCCGCGAGUUCCGGGAUGAGAUGAGGAAGAUCAUGCUCGCCAUCGCCGACGGCCUCGGCUCCUUCCCCAUCCGCAUGGUCCUCGAGGAUGAUCCCAAUAGUCUUCUUCAGAAAGCUGCAGAUCUCGAAGCUUCCAAGACCUGAAUCCAAAACGGCGCCGUUUUCGGUUCGGUAAACUUAAUAGUAAUUGAUCGUGCUUUCGUGAGUUCACUUUGUUUUUUUUUUCCUUAAUAAAGGGUUUAUGUAGAGAGCGCCCUGACUGUGUUUCGAAGCUGAGGAUCUGUUCUGUGUGUAAUGUAUGUGACACUGUUAUUAUUAUGGAGACUGUUGAUCGGUUAUGUAAUUCUAGGAAUAAAGAUUAAAGACUCAUACCGGUUGCUGAUAAAAGAAAAAAAAGAGUUUAAAAAGUUACCGUUAAA